ACGUUUCAUUUCUUUGCGUCCGUUUCACCGGUGACCAUCGUUUUAAGCAAAUUUUCUGUGUUCUUCCAACGAUGGCGAAUUCACCAACUUCAAACCCUUAUUUACGUAGCGACGGCCCUCCAUUUGUUGGAAUUCUCUUUUGCCCGGAGUGUAACAAUAUGUUAUAUCCAAAAGAAGACAAGGAAACCAAGACUCUUUUUUACGCCUGCCGCAAUUGUUCGCACAAACAACUUGCCCAGAAUAAGUGCAUUUACGUUAACAAGAUCGUGCAAGAUGUAGACGAAUUAAUGAAUAUCGUCCCUGAUGUUGUCACUGAUCCAGCUUUACCGAGGACUGACUGCCAUCCAUGCCCUCACUGUGGCUGUCGGGACGCAGUUUUUUUCCAAGCCGAAACCCGACGAGCUGAAGAAGAAAUGAGACUGUAUUAUGUGUGCCGAAAUUCAAAGUGCCAUCAUCGGUGGACUGAAUAAACCUAACUACCAGAUCAACAACAACAGGAUCUUUCAA